AGCGCUGUCAGUUGGCUGUCACCAGACAACAAGUUGCAGAAAGUUUCCGUCAGAAACCCGUCGUUGUCAGUGUGUUUACAACUGUUUGGUUGCUUUGCGAAACUGAUUUUGAACUUAUAAUUAAAGUUUAUAUUGAUAUCUGCUAUUAAAAAUGAGAUACGCACAAUUGGUAAUUGGCCCGGCCGGUAGCGGUAAAUCGACUUAUUGUUCUGCAGCGGUACAGCAUGCCGCAUCGUGUAACAAAUUGCUAGAAGUUGUCAAUUUAGACCCGGCUGCUGAAUAUUUCGAUUACGAACCGCUCGCAGAUGUCAGAGAGCUCAUCCAUCUGGACGAUGCGAUGGAAGACGAAGACCUGAAAUUCGGCCCCAACGGCGGGCUCAUAUUCUGCAUGGAGUACCUCGUCGAGAACGCAGAAUGGCUCAAGGAGAAACUUGGCGAGGAUGACGACGACUAUAUACUGUUCGACUGUCCUGGCCAAAUCGAGCUUUUUUCGCACAUGACGACGAUGAGCCAGCUAUGCCGUAUGCUGCAAAACUGGAACUUCCACGUUUGCGCUGUCUUUUUAGUCGACGCGCAGUUCAUGGUUGACGGUGCUAAAUUUUUAUCCGGCACAAUGGCCGCACUUGCUGUCAUGGUCAACCUCGAGCUCCCACAUGUAAACGUCCUGAGUAAGAUGGACCUUCUUAGCAAAUCGGCUAGGAAGGCCAUCGAAAACUACCUCGAUCCGGACCCGCACUAUCUUCUCGGGGAACUCGAGUCCGGUUCCAACUGGAACAAAAAAUUUAGACGGUUGUCCGAGAGCCUCGGGAAGCUUAUCGAAGACUACAGCUUGGUACGUUUCUUCCCGCUGAAUCUAAAGGAUGAGGAGAAUAUGGCCGACCUACAGUUAACUAUAGCCAAUGUCAUUCAAUACGGAGAGGAAUCUGAUGUUAAAACCAGAGAUUUUGAUUAUCCUGAAGAAGACAAUAAUGUUGAAUUCGAUGAAUAAUUUUCAUAUGAUAGAGAUAAAUGUAACUUGGCUGUGAUUAUAUAAUUAAUAAAUAUCAAUGAACAAUUA